UUUUAAUCGUUGGAAGCCAUGACCACCGACGGAUCUCUCAUCAGCUCAACGUCAGGAGCACUCUCCACUGGGACUUCCACUUCAACAAGUGGAGGAGAAAGCAUGAGCGUUAUUACUCCGUACUCUCUGUUUUCAGCUGACAAUCCAGGAGCUAUGAUUUCGGCGGUUGUGUUGACCGGCGAGAAUUAUAAUGAAUGGGCUGCCGAGAUGCUGAAUGCUCUUCGUGCGAAGAAGAAGAUUGGUUUUAUUGAUGGUACUUUGAAGAAACCGGCGGUUGCUGGUCCCGAUUUGGAAUCAUGGACUUCGGUGAACUCCAUGGUUAUUGGAUGGUUACGUACAUCGAUCACUCCUCGUGUACGAUCCACUGUUUCGUUUCUAACCAAUGCUCUUGAGCUUUGGGAAAAUUUAAGGCAACGGUUUUCUAUUGGCAAUAAGGUUCGCGUUAGUCACCUCCGGUCUCAGAUUGCUCUAUGUCGCCAAGAUGGUCAAACCGUAAUUGAUUAUUACGGAAAGAUUGCAAAGCUAUGGGAUGAGUUAUACACAUACAAACCUCUUCCCGUUUGUUCGUGUGGUGGCUGUACGUGUGAAGUUUACCAAACGAUUGCAAAGGAGAGAGAAGAAGAAAAAGUCAAUCAAUUUGUCAUGGGACUUGAUGAAUCCCGCUUUGCGAAUGUGAUUCAUGCUAUUACCGAUGCAUCUCCUACUCCUUCUUUGGAAGAAGCUUACUCUCGUGUCAUCCGUGAAGAACAGAGGAAUUUUGUCGCUAAGGCUCGCGAACAACAACAGGAUGCAGUUGGUUUUGUGGCUCGUCGUGACUCUUUUUCCUCAGGCUCGUCCGCUGGGGACCAACGUCUUGAGUCUUCGGGUCGGGAACGAAGCCUACUCUGUUCCAAUUGCGGUCGCACAGGCCAUGAGAAGGCGUUUUGCUGGCAGUUGAUUGGAUACCCGGAGUGGAUGUCAGACCGCAACAAUCGCUCGGGUGGUAGAGGAGGAGCUGCUGGUCGGGGUCGUGGUAGAGGAACUGGUAGAGGUCACGGUCAAGCAGUUGCGGCUCACACUACGCUUCCCAACGCCGCCUUCUCAGAUUUUUCUCCGGAGUAGUGGAAAGCUAUUUCUUUGGUGGCUAAUGAGAAAUUGAAAAGCAAUCCUGAUAAGCUUUCUGGACCGUUCUACGAGGACUCUGAUUGGAGCCGGGAAAGAGCGUGAUGGGGUCUACUAUUUAACGGAUGUAGCGACAGCUAAUGUGACUAG